AUGGCGCAGGUUCUUCAGAGUCUCGUGGACCAGAAAGUCGAGAUCGUCACCGCCGACGGUCGCAUCUUCGUGGGGACUCUGAAGGGCUUCGACCAGAGCACCAACGUCAUCCUUGACAAAUGCGAGGAGAGAAUCUACAGCUUGGACGCGGCUGUGGAGCAGAUUGCCCUCGGACUGUACCUUGUUCGCGGCGACAACAUUGCCGUCGUGGGCGAGGUUGACGUCGAGGUUGAUGAAAGCAUUCAGCUCUCCUCGGUGCGCGCGGCGCCUCUCAAGCCGGUAGGUUUUGGAUCCGGAGAUGCCUCUGCUGGUCUGAUGCUACCGCGCUGGGUGGCUCUCCGAUCAAGUCUCGUUUUUGCCGUCUCGCGGCUAGGAAACGCGUUUUACACUCCCGAACCGAAAUCUCGCCGCUGUGGCGAGGGCCAAUAUCGAAGCGUAUGCCUGUGCGGCAGUCGAUGA